AUGGACAGAUCCGCGUAUUUCAUAGACGUGCGGACGCGCGAGCAGCGCGCGCGGGUGUACUCGACGAUCGCUGGGUUGGAGAAGAAGCACUGCGCGCGGAUGGAACCGUACGCGGGAAACGGCGGCCCCGAAGCAUUAUUCCGGAAGUCGAACCUCACGCAGCGGUGGUGCCGGAGGGAGAUUAGCAACUUCGACUACCUCAUGGCGCUGAACACGAUGUCUGGGCGGACGUACAACGACAUCACGCAGUAUCCGGUGUUUCCGUGGGUCAUCGCGGAUUACGAAUCCGAGACGCUCGAUUUUAACGACCCGAAGACGUUUCGCGACUUGUCCAAGCCCGUCGGCGCGCUGAACGAGAAGCGUUUAGAGCGGUUCGAGGAGCGCUACGACGCGUUCGACGACCCGGACAUCCCCAAGUUUCACUACGGAUCGCACUACAGCAGCGCCGGGAUCGUUUUGUUCUACCUGCGGUGUUUAGAGCCGUUCACGACGCUGUCUCGGCAACUCGCGGGGAACAAAUUCGACCACGCGGACCGGCUGUUUCACGACAUCCCGACCGCGUGGAAAGGCGUGAACUCGGACAUGUCCGACGUGAAAGAGCUGAUUCCCGAAUUUUUCUACCUCCCGGAGAUGUUCCAGAACGUGAACAAAGUCGAUUUUGGCAAAACGCAAACGGGCGAGGCGUUAGGGGACGUCAAGCUCCCGAAAUGGGCGUCGAGUCCGUUUGAUUUCGUCGCGAAAAACCGCGCCGCGCUCGAGAGCGAACACGUCAGCAACACCCUCCACCUGUGGAUCGAUCUCGUGUUCGGGUGUAAACAGCGAGGAAAUGCUGCGGAGAAGGCCAAGAACGUUUUUUACUACCUCACGUACGAAGGGAACGUGGACAUGGAGUCGAUCACGGACCCGGUUUUGCUGUCGUCGACGCGCGAUCAGAUUGCAAACUUUGGGCAGACGCCGUCGCGGCUCACGACGCGUCCGCACCCGCCGCGUCUGUCCAAGGACGAAACGUUCGGCGGCUCGCACUGGUUACUCUCGAACCCUAAGACCGCGUGCAAGUACCCGAUCUCCAUCCCGGUCGCCUCCGGCGGCGGCGUGCCGCUCGUGAAGGUGGCCGCGACGCCGGGGCGGAUCGUCGCCGUCACCGCGGAUUUGAACGCGCUGACGCAUAAAUUCUCGCCCAACACCCCGGACAACGCGUCGCUGCCGUUCACGUUCCAGCCCGCGCGAGAGAGCGGCGCGUUCGCUGGGUUCAUGCGCGCGUUCGGUCGCGCGGGCGGGAAGACCUCGAGCGCGAGCGUCGGCGGCGACAGCGCGCGAGGCCCGGCGCCGCUGCGCGCGACGCUUGACCCGGCGCUCGCGGCGACGUUGAAGGACGCGAAGAAACGCGCGUCCGCCGGCGGCGUCCGCGACAUCGACGCCGCCGCGGUGACGGAAACGCCGCUCGGCGCGACAACCUUCCCGUGCGAGGUCACGCCGGACGGGAAGUACAUCCUCACAGGCGGCCACGUCGACGGCGGCGUGAAGGUGUACCGCUCGGACGUCGCCGGCGCGCCCGUCGCCGCCGCGAAAUGCGGCGCGCACGCGGGACGCGUCACCGCGCUCGCGCUCUCCAGCGACGGCCGCGUUUUAAUCACCGGGUCCGAGGACUCGUCCAUCGCGGUGUGGACGUUACGAAGCGGCGGAUCAGACGCGUUUAGAUCGCAAACACGCGGCGGCGGCAGAGAAGGCGGCGGGUCGCUCGGCGGCGGGAUGGGCAUCGCCGGCGUCGGCGGCGGCGGAUACGGGUACUCCGGCGCGUCGUUCGCGGGGGGGGAUAUUUCGUCGCACCAUCCCGCGCUCGCGCCCGGCGGCGCGCGCGGGCACGCGCCGGACGAUUACUUCGCUGGGGAGCAGAGCGCGGCCGCGACCGCGGUCGCGGCCGGGCUCGUCGGCGCGCCUUGCGGCGCGGCGAACGCCGGUCGGUCGUUCACGCGCGAGGCGCGCGCGCUCGCGGGGAUCACCGGCGGCGACGCACAGCUGGCGCGCGGCGGCGGCGGCGAAAAGGUCUCCAGCACGGAGCGCACGUCCGGGGCGCCGUCGCACGGAGACGGCGUCUUGACCGGCCCGCACUUCGUGUUGAAAGGCCACCGAGACGCGAUCGCCGCGGUCGCGGUGAACACGGACCUGGGGGUCGCCGUCGCGGCGUCCCCGCGCGGGGGGUGCACGACGCACUGUCUGCUCCGCGGCGUGUUUUUACGCGCGUCGCCGGAGCUGAAGGGCGAGCUCCUCGCGAUCUCUCCCGAGGGCGUCCUCAUCGCGUGGGAGCGCAAGCGGCACAAGCUGCGCGUCGGCGCGCUCACGAGCGGGGAGGUGGUCGCGGAGGCGCGUUUAGAGCACGCGCUGCCGCCGCUGUCGGCGAUGACGACGACCGCGGAUGGAAAAUUUUGCGUCGUCGGCACGGAAGCCGGCGGCGGCGCGAGCGCGACGCCGGGCGGGCCGAAGUCUCCCGCGAGAACCCUCCCCGCGGGCGUCGCCGUGUUCACGCUCCCGGACCUCAGAUUGGUUCACGUGUGGGAGCUCCACGGGCUGUCCGGCGUCGGCGUCGCGUCGAUGGCGUUGACGGGGGAUAACACGAACCUCGUCGUCUCCGGCACCGACGGCGGUUUCACCGUGAUCGCGGACCCGAAGCUCAGCAUGCGUUUGGUGCAGCAAAUGUUCAGCAUGGGCUGGGAGUCCAUGGCGUGA